CAGACAGUGAGCUCAAUCCUUCCUUGGGAAGAAAAUAACGCGGACAUGGGAGAGCGCUCGGAACACGCAGGUGAACCGGAGGGAGGGACGGCUUUACCCUGUGCCCAUUCAGUUUGGAAAACCCUGCUGCUGAUUGAAUGGAAAGGGAUUUUCCUAACGGGACUGCUGAAGUGUGUUUAAAGCUUGACUCUUCGAGAGGACAGCACUGGAAUGGGGAGAUGUCUCAGAUAUAGCCAAGAUCUAAAGGCAGAUCUUCAGUGAAUACAGACAAGGUUUGUUCGCGACCGUGGCAUGGGUGAUGUACGGCCUACCAGUGGAGCUCCAGCCCAUGGGCUGGUGCCGCUGUUUCCUCCCGGACUGCAGGCUAUCUACGGGGAAUGUCGGCGACUUUAUCCCGAGCAGGCCAACCCGCUUCAAGUUACAGCCAUUGUUAAGUACUGGUUAGGAGGACCAGACCCAUUAGACUACAUCAGUAUGUAUAGAAAUAUGGGCUGCUCAGCCCAGGACAUCCAGGAGCACUGGCACUAUGUCAGCUUUGGACUGAGUGAUCUGUAUGGAGAUAACAGAGUUCAUGAGUUUACAGGCCCAGAUGGAGCCAGUGGGUUUGGCUUUGAACUCACCUUUAGACUCAAAAGAGAAGCGGGAGAGACAGCACCACCAACCUGGCCAGCUGAACUCAUGCAGGGCUUGGCUCGCUAUGUUUUCCAGUCAGAAAACACAUUUUGCAGCGGAGAUCAUAUAUCGUGGCACAAUCCAUUAGACAACAGCGAAUCUCGUAUCCAGCACAUGUUGCUCACAGAGGACCCACAGAUACAACCGAUUCACACGCCUUUUGGUUCCGUAAGCUUUCUCCAGAUUGUGGGCGUUUGUACAGAGGAGCUUCAGGCAGCCCAACAGUGGAAUGGUCAAGGCAUCUUGGAGCUGAUGCGUGGAGUUAAAGUAGCUGGAGGCCCCUGGCUAAUCACAGACAUGAGGAGAGGAGAGACCAUUUUUGACAUCGACCCACACCUACAACAGGAGAGAGUGGAUCAGGGUAUUGAGACAGAAGGCUCUAACCUGAGCGGGGUCAGUGCCAAGUGUGUGUGGGAUGAUCUGAGUCGACCGCCAGAGGAUGAGGAGGACAGCAGAUCCAUCUGUAUAGGAUCACAGCCACGUAGGCUCUCAGACAAAGAUACUGAGCAGAUCAGGGAAACCUUGAGAAAAGGGUUGGAAUUUAACAGCAAGACAGCACUACCACCCAUCAACAGCCAAAAGCAGAACCACGAGAGGCCUCAGAGUCGGAAGGACAGUUUGGAGAGUGAGAGCUCAGCAGCCAUUGUUCCUCAUGAGUUGGUUCGAACGCGUCAGUUGGAGAGCGUCCAUCUGAAAUUCAACCAAGAGUCAGGCACACUACUGCCCCUCUGUCUGCGAGGCCGGUUGCUUCAUGGGAGACACUUCACUUAUAAAAGUAUCCAUGGGGAUACAGCCAUUACAUUUGUAUCCACAGGGGUUGAAGGCGCUUUUGCCACUGAGGAGCAUCCAUAUGCAGCACACGGACCCUGGCUCCAGAUACUGUUGACUGAGGAGUUUGUCGAACAAAUGCUUGGGGAUUUACAGGAACUCAACACGCGUGAGGAGACCAAGUUACCAAAGGAGUACAGUUGGCCAGAGAAGAAGCUGAAGAUCUCGGUCCUACCAGACUCUGUGUUUGACAAUCCACUCCAGUGAGGCACUAGGAAACCACACCUGCAGCCAUGCUUCCAAGUUGGACCAUAUUGUGGGGGACUGCAGUGCCUGUUUCACUCAAAGACUUCUGACUGUUACUGCAUUCUCAGACUAUCAGAUUAACUUUUCUCCCAGGCUUGAAGGCUUUUGACAAUGGCCUCAAACCAUCCUGUCCAGAUGGUUGCCCUGUUGGGUCAAUCAUUAUAAGUGACUCACGAGCUGUAGACAGAACAGGAUACAUUACUAAUGUAGUUAUGCGCACAUCCUUGAAUUGCCGUCCCACAUCCCUAGCAGUAACUUGGUCGAAGUUCUCAAAAACAGCUAUUUAUUCCAGUGACCUCAGAGGGCAGAAAAGUCACAUACUGAACCAAUUAUCAGUGUUUUAAUUAAGUUGAUGUGUAUAGUAUUUACAAAUGCUGGACAUUUUAAUGUUUGUGGUCAUACCAAAGUUUUAACUGUUAACUGGCAGUCUGCUGCCAGUACUGUCUGUGUCUCCAAUGUGUCAUGAGUCUGUAAUAAUGCAUUCACUGCCUGUUAGUCUGGGAUCACCAAACAAGAAACAGAACUACUUUCUUAGGUAUUUGGCAGAUUCUACAUAGACACAACUGUCCUUCCUGUUUGCCCUGAACAUGAUUCUUGUAUUGAGUAACACUUUUACAUUUGUCUUCUUUCAGUUUCCUCAUGCUUGACAAUGCAUAUUGGGGAACUGUGAUCCCUAAAAUCAGAAAUGCCCACAACUAGGGAUCAGCGUCAUCUUUACAGUUGGACCAGCUUGAAGAAGAGUUGGAGUAAAAUUCCUCUGUGCCUUGAGUUGAAAUCACCACUUAUUCUCUGGUGACGCCUAAAAGCUGCGUCUCUUUGAGCCGAGGCGGUGGUUUUCUGUUGCUGCCAUUGCAUUCCAUGGUAACAAGCAAAACCGAGCGAAGACUACUUUUGUUACACCCUCGAUCUUGAUAUUAAGUGAACUGACUGAUUGUAAUCCCAAGUGCAUUAAAGUGUAUAAGCAGAAUUACAGAGGAAGCUUGAGAAAUGUUUCGUGUACAUACAGCAACGUAUUUUAGCACAUGUUGUAUACUUUUAUACGUUCCUGUUGAUGCUGUGAUUGUGUUUUCUGAAAUAAAUAAUUUCAUACAAGA